AUGUCUUCACUAACUGCAUUGGCAGUUGCUCAAAUUCUUAUGUUUUUCUUUCGAAUUGUAAGUCCAUAUGACUAUGGCCGUGCUCUUACCAAAUCCUUGUUAUACUUUGAAGCUCAAAGAUCCGGGAUGCUGCCUGAUGAUCAGCGAGUGGCCUGGCGAGGGCACUCGGCCUUAACAGAUGGACAAUCUGAAGGAGUUGAUUUGGUGGGUGGAUACUAUGAUGCAGGGGACCAUGUAAAAUUUGGAUUUCCAAUGGCAUACACUGUGACCAUGCUUGCUUGGAGUGUUGUUGAGUUUGGUCAAGAACUCCAAGAAAAUGAUGAACUUGAAAAUGCUUUAGCAGCUAUCAAGUGGGGAACUGAUUACUUUAUCAAAGCACAUUAUAAGCCUAAUGGUCUUUAUGGUGAAGUCGGAGAUGGUUAUAGCGAUCACGAAUGCUGGCAAAGGGCGGAAGAAAUGUCAACCCCUAGAGAUGCUUAUCAAAUAGACGAAAACAAUCCUGGAUCUGACCUUGUAGGCGAAACAGCAGCCGCUCUUGCAGCUGCAUCAAUGGCAUUUAACGAAUCAGAUCCAGAAUACGCAGAACAACUUCUAAAUCACUCGGAAAUGUUGUUUGAGUUUGCUGACAAGUAUCGCGGCACGUACCAAACUAGCAUCCCGAAGGCCGGGGGAUUCUAUUCCAGCACCGGAUAUGAGGAUGAAUUACUGUGGGCUGCGACCUGGAUAUAUAGAGUCACCAAAGAUAAAUAUUACCUAGACUACAUCAAUCAGUUAAAUCCAGGAGAUGUAAGAGGCUCGUUUUCAUGGGAUGACAAAUAUGUUGGUGCCCAAGUUCUUAUUGCACAGUACCUUCCCGAGGAAGAAUUAUCAGGACUUAAAAGUCUCAGCCAAUACAAACAUUUUGCUGAGGGCUACAUCUGCAACUGCAUCCAGAGAGGCGAAAACAAUGCCACAAUGACACCAGGAGGGCUUCUAUGGUACCAUGAAUCCAAUAAUCUUCAAUACACAACUAGUGCAUCAUUCAUCAUAACAGCAUACGCAAAAGCACUCUUAAACGCCACGAGUACAAUUGAGUGUCGAGGUGUUGAGGUAACGCCAGAAGAGCUCGUCGACUUUGUCAAGUCACAGGUUGAUUACAUUCUAGGAUCGAACCCAUUGAAUGUGAGCUAUUUCGUGGGGUUUGGAUCAAACUAUCCCAAGAAGAUUCAUCACAGAGGUGCCUCAAUAAUCUCAAUAAAGAAGAACAGCACAGAAGUAAGUUGUAAAGAUGGUUUUACCAAAUGGAGAGACAGAGAUGCACCAAAUCCAAAUGUACUAGUUGGUGCCAUUGUUGGAGGGCCGAAUCCAGAUGACUCCUUCAGCGACUCGAGAGAUGACUACAAUCACAAUGAGGCUGCCACCACCAACACUGCCCCUCUUGUUGGUGUUCUAGCAUUUCUUGCCUCCUGA